AUGGCUUUGAAAGCUACUGUGCAGGCCGCUAACAACACGGCAGGGUUUGGUGGUCACAUAGCACACAUAGAUCUGGAAGAAACGGGGGCUGGUGGUCAUGCAGCCUUGAAGAAACAGUUUGGUGGAGACAGUUAUAUGGCCUUGAAAUGCACAAGGAAGUCAGAGGGAGACCCAGGUGCCAUGAACUCUGCCAUUGCCAGCUGUGCGCGCCCUGCCCCCACGCAGAAGGAUGAUGAUGUGCUCAGCUUCCACACCGAUGGCCAUUGCAGGAGGAAGGAUAAACAGCCUUGGAGUAGUCGCCUGGCUUAUGGCAUCCUAGAUACCCCACCAUGGUAUCUCUGCAUCUUAUUGGGGAUCCAGCACUUCCUCACAGCCCUGGGGGGGCUCGUGGCGGUGCCACUUCUCCUAGCCAAGGACCUGUGCCUACAACAUGACCCCCUGACGCAAAGCUACCUCAUCAGCACCAGCUUCUUCGUCUCUGGCAUCUGCACUCUUCUGCAAGUAUUUUUAGGGAUCAGGCUGCCCAUUCUCCAGGGAGGGUCAUUUGCUUUUGUGACACCCUCUCUGGCCAUGCUCUCCCUUCCUGCCUGGAAAUGCCCCACGUGGACACACAACGCAAGUCAAGUGAAUAUCAGCUCUCCCCUGUUCACCGAGGAAUGGCAGAAGAGAAUCCGAGAGUUGCAGGGCGCCAUCAUGGUUGCUUCCUGUGUCCAGAUGCUGGUGGGCUUCUCAGGCCUCAUUGGCUUUCUCCUGCGCUUCAUCGGCCCCUUGACCAUAGCUCCUGCCAUCUCCCUGGUGGCCCUGCCUCUCUUCAACCUUGUGGGUGACAGUGCCGGAAUUCAUUGGGGGAUUUCUGCCAUGACCAUGUUCCUCAUCGUGCUGUUUUCUCAGUACCUGAAAAACAUUGCAGUGCCCGUGCCCACCUAUGGAGGAGAGAAGAAGCGCCACACUUCCAAAUUCUACUUGUUCCAGGUCUUCCCUGUGCUGCUGGCCCUCUGUUUCUCCUGGCUUGUCUGCUUCCUGCUGACCAUCACCAACGCCCUCCCCACGGACCCUAUGGCCUACGGAUACCUGGCCCGCACCGACAACAAAAAGAGUGUCCUGAGCCAGUCCCCUUGGUUUCGCUUUCCUUACCCAGGACAGUGGGGCCUCCCUACCGUCAGCCUGGCUGGGGUCUUUGGGAUCAUCGCAGGGGUGAUCUCCUCGGUGUUGGAGUCGCUAGGCGAUUAUUAUGCCUGUGCUCGACUGGUUGGGGCCCCGCCCCCUCCGAAACAGGCUGUCAACCGUGGCAUCAGCAUCGAGGGCUUUGGCUGCUUGCUGGCAGGAGCCUGGGGGACAGCAAGCGGCAUCACCUCCUACAGCGAGAAUGUCGGGGCUCUGGGCAUCACUAGGGUGGGGAGCAGGAUGGUGACUGUCGCUGCAGGCUGUGUGCUGCUCCUGAUGGGCGUGCUCGGGAAGGUUGGGGCUGCAUUUGCCACCAUCCCAAACCCUGUGAUUGGAGGCAUGUUCCUGGUCAUGUUCGGCAUCAUCACUGCUGUGGGGAUCUCCAAUCUUCAGUACGUGGACAUGAACUCAUCCCGGAACCUCUUUGUCUUUGGCUUCUCCAUCUACGGUGGGCUCACCAUCCCAAGCUGGGUGAACAAGAACCCUGAGAAGCUCCAGACAGGGAUUGUCCAGCUGGACCAGAUCACUCAGGUGCUGCUGACCACGGGCAUGUUUGUUGGCGGAUGUCUGGGCUUUCUCUUGGAUAACACCAUUCCUGGUAGUAAGGAGGAGAGAGGCUUCCUGGCAUGGAACCAAGUCCAGAAGGGGUCUGAGGAGACUCUGAAGGCCUCAGAAGUCUACAGCCUCCCCUGGGGGAUUGGGACCAAGUUCUGCACAUACCCCUGCUUGCGAAGUCUCCCCUUCUGGCCCCAGCUGGAACGCACUGAGAAUGAGGAGGUGGGCCUGAGCCAGCUCAUCUCCUGCUCUCUGGCAUCCCCAGAAGAGCACCCUGAGGGUGCCACAGCACAAACAAUGUGA